UCACAGUAACAUCAUUGCAGCAGCAUGGAAAAAGCUACACCCAAAGUCCAUUAAUAAAUCGUGCUGUGGAACAACACAAGCAAAGUGAAUGGAUGGAAAAUGGUGUUUGAGAAGGAGAUGCAGUUUUUUACGCGUUGAGAGUUACGACUUGUUGUGGAAUGAGUUAACCUACUUUUUCAGUGUUAUUUGUUAUGGACUGAAACACAACUCACACAGAAACCAGAAAGAGAGCUGCUGGUUGACGAUGAGCUCAUCAUAAGGAAAGAGGAACACAUUCUCGUUACAUCGAAAAACAACGCAGAACAAUCGAUUUUUAUUUUGUGCGUUGUAGAAAAUGUUAAAUUUUGUGCUUGGUCAAUGUUUCGCGUAGAAAGAACAUAUCAAAAUCGCAGAUGAAUUUCAAAACGAGGACUAAGAACUGAGUUUUGUGAGGGGAAACGGGCAGGAAGUGUUUUUCGAUAAGACGACGGGUAAUAAAGUAAAAUAGGAAAAUUUGUUGGAGGAAAUUAGUGAAAGAUGAGCGCUGCACCGUACAACGAUUUCGAAGACUCGUACACAAUUGUGAGCAGUACGUCCUUACCCAGAAGGGGAGGGGGAGAUGGCAGUCAAGAAAUCGAGGAGAUAAGUUCCCUUCACUCGAUAAUCCUGGAUAAUAGUGGAAAGAGCUGCAAGGAUUUUCGAAUGCAAGAAUGGAUCCACUUGAUUGUGUCUAUACUUACAAAUUGCGGAUAUUUGGCAUUUGUUGGAUUUUUAAUGUACAAAUACAUGGGAAAUUCUGACCAUUAUGUAUUUUCUACAUUAAUCAUUAUUAAGCUAGUUUUCUCAACUUAUUUCGUCCUCCAUGGGAUCGUACGCGAGCAACCGUUUCAAAUAAUAAUGCAGUUGCUUACCUUACUCAGUCUUUUUUCGCUUGAUUUAAUUUAUUAUUUAAGUGAUAUCUCAAACCCUCCAGACAACAGUGACUUGGAUCAAGUUGGUCUAGAAUUGAUGUUGUUUUAUCUCCGUUCUAUCCUUUGUCUCCUAAACUUGCUGACUGGAUCCAUGGUCGCAUGGAAGUACUGGACAAUUGAACAAUCGAUAUUCAAGAUAGUUGGGACCGACACUAGGAAUGUGAUGAUCUUCCGAAAUCUGUUUUUUGGAUUCAGUUUAAUGAUUUUCGAUAUGGAGACAAGCUUGGUUUCACUAAUGCUAUUUUUAAGAAAUGGGUUGACUUCAAUUGUUCUUCACGAAGUUGUCGUUUUGUCAUCCGGAGCAAUAUUUCUCCUAAUCUGGAUUAUAUUGGGUUACAAGUCGAUGAGAUCCGAGAGUCGAGUUUUGACAUGGACAUUCAUUAUAGCAAGUUCCAUUCAGCCAGCUUAUUUGAUCACACUAUUCAUCCGGAAUAUAAAAUGGUCGGGAAGUAGCCAACCAGUACUCACAACGACAAGUCAUUACAUGUCACUUGUUGCGUUAACUGUCCAUCUAAGCGUGGUUGCUGCAGUAGUUGUCGCGUCGCAUUACUAUGGCACGGGACAUGGGUCAUGCUUAGUUGACGGGGUUCAUGUAUCUGUUAAAAAUAGUGCAGAAUAUGAAGAGCUGAGACGCAUUUUAUUUUACCCCAUAAAUCCACGAGGUUCUCAUCGCAAUGACCCAUGUUCAUCUCGAACCAUAUUAUUGAACGCAGAAGAAGUAUACUAAAUGAGUUUACAUGUACAAAUAGAUGGAGUCAACAAACACAUUUAUUACCAAUUGACACACACACACACAUGUUCAUAUAUAUAUAUAUUAGUCAUUCAAAUGUGGUAUUGUGAUGUGUUAUGUUAUUACAAACCCCCUGACAGUACACAAAAUGUGAUAGAAAUGCAAUAGUUUUAGAAAAUAUAAUUUUUAACGCAAUUAUCCGAUUUUAAUUACCCGAUAAACAUAUGCUUCUACCUGACUUUUGAAGAAUCUCUAAUUUGAUGCUUCAAUUCUUUAAUAGCGCAGCUUGUGGCUAUAUUAUUCAUGCUAUGCUGCCUACUUUUAUUUAUACGUGUGGAUUAUGACGUGUUUAUUAUGUACGUAUUUAUUAGUUUCACUUCCUUUAACCUGCUAUGUACUGUCUUUCAUUUUUUUUUAAAAAACAGACUCGAAUUAUUUAAUAAUAAAUCAUGAUGGUAGCCUUAUUUGGUUGCAUUGAAUUUGAA